AAAAAGUUACUUUAACCUUAUUUUAUUUAUCCAGUAACUUUAAAUUCAAAUGAUUCAAAUAUUUAGAAACAAUGAAAUCAAUCAAACAUUUUUAAUAAAACAUACAGGAACAUUGAUAUGAGAAGAGUGAAGGAAAGCAAAUAUUGUCGAAUUAUUUUUGCUGCUUUAUUUUCUUUUCUUCUAGGAUGCAUGAUAACAUUAAAUCUUACCCCCAUUGAUAAAACCUGCAUUGUAGAUAAUACAGAUCGAGAAUACAAUAUUAUGCAAAACUCCAAGCUUAAAAAUCCUGAAGUAAUUGUAUUAAUUUUAUCUGCUGUAAAGAAUUCAGAUAGGCGAAAUAUUAUCAGAGAAACUUGGUUAACUUUAGGCAACAAUGUUUUAGGCAGUGGAAUUAAAUAUAGAUAUAAGCAUUAUUUUGUCAUUGGAAGCUUAGGACUUUCAAAUGAUGAGAUUUUACACAUAAGUACAGAGCAGUCUCAGAACAGUGAUAUACUAAUACUACCGUUAUAUGAUAAUUACAAGAAUUUAACAGAAAAAGUACUUAAAAGUUUUGAAUGGCUCAAUUUACAAUACGAUUAUGGAUUAGGAUACAAAUACGUUUUAAAAUGCGAUGAUGAUAGUGUCGUUAAUUUGCAGUCUUUGUUGGUGGAAAUACCAAAGUUGGAGUCUACAUUAAUAAAUUCAAAUUUACAUUAUCCGUUAAAUUUACCACCAGAAAAACUAAAUCAUUUUAUUACAACAAACAUUCAAAGUAAUGAAAAAAUUAACACUGUUAAUAUUGAGAAUAUGAGCAUAUAUUGGGGAUAUUUUCAUGGAAAUGCUAGAAUUAAAAGAAACGGAAAAUGGCAAGAAAGUGAAUGGAUUUUAUGUGACAAUUAUGUGCCAUAUGCUUUAGGGGGAGGCUACAUAUUGUCAAGAAAUCUUGUUAGCUAUAUUGGCAAAAACGUUAAUUACUUACGGACAUUUAAAUCGGAAGAUGUAAGUGUGGGCUUGUGGUUAUCAGCUAUAAAUAAUAUUAUUAGGGUGCACGAUAUUAGAUUUGAUACAGAAUGGACUUCAAGAGGAUGUAAGAACUAUUACCUAGUCACUCAUCAUAUUUCACCCACAGAAACCAAAUUUAUGUUUGAGAGUCUUGUUAAUAAUAAACAGCUUUGUGUCAGAGAGGUAGAGAAGAGAAAAUAUUAUUUGUAUAAUUGGUCAGCACUUCCAAGUGAAUGUUGCGUUAUGGUUAAUUAAUUUUUAACUUAAAUAUAAUUUAUUUAUUUAUUUAAAGAUAAUUGAAGUUCAAUAAAAUAUGACUAAUUAGUCUUAUUACUCUUA